ACUAGCGCUUCAUUUCCAGGAGUAUAAAUGUGCUCCAACUUUAGUGUUUUUGACUCUCCAGAAGAGAUACACCGGACCAAUAAUUGAUCGGACGUGUCGAUGUCACGUUAAUAGAUUUCGGUAACUUUACGCACAAGCUGAGGACAAGUAUUAGAUAUUAUGUUUUUUGUUAGUUAGCUUAACUUUGUUUUGUUUAACGUAGCUAAUGUUAGCUGCAAGCCAAAAGCAGUAAGUUAGAUUGUAUUUAUCAGCUCAUGCUAAGUGUAUAGUUUACUUAAAUUACAAAAAAAAAACUACCAUAUUAAUACUAGGAAGUGUGUAUGAGGCAUCCGUAAAGCAAUGAAAUGCCUGUAAAAGUAUUUUUGUCACUUUGAUAUAACUUAUUUUUAAUCGAUAGCUGAAAUCAGAAAGCUGGAUAAGUCAGAUGCACAGCUGGUCUUAUAUUUUGACAUGUAUAAUAAGUGACUCAUCUGCAGUAGAUAUAAUGCCUUGACAGUGCACCAUAUGUGUAUGACUUAACGAGUUUUGGGUAGUUGAAUAGAGUUUAGUAGCUAUUCAUCAUGGCAAGCGCACUAGCAGCAAAGAUGGGUUUUAACUCAUUGAUGAGGAAACAGGCUAAAAACUUCAACGUCAGGAUCUGCACAAUGGAGUCAGACAUGGAGUUCAGCUGCGAGAAUAAAUGGAAGGGAAAAGACCUUUUUGAUUUGGUGUGCCGGACUCUGGGACUGAGGGAGACGUGGUUCUUUGGGCUUCAGUACAACAUCAAGGACACAGUUGCUUGGCUGAAGAUGGAAAAGAAGGUUCUGGAUCAGGAAGUACCGAAAGAGGAGCCAAUUACUCUUCACUUCCUGGCCAGGUUCUACCCAGAAAAUGCUGAAGAGGAGCUUGUGCAAGAUAUCACACAGCAUCUCUUCUUCCUACAGGUGAAGGAAAAGAUCCUUGAGGAGGAGAUUCACUGUCCACCUGAAGCCUCUGUGCUGCUGGCCUCCUAUGCCGUACACGCCAAGUAUGGAGACUACGAUCCCAAUGUUCACAAACCUGGCUUCUUGGCUGAGGAGGAACUGCUACCAAAGAGAGUGAUUAACUUGUACCAGAUGACUGCAGAGAUGUGGGAGGAGAGGAUCACAGCAUGUUACGCAGAGCACAGGGGCAGGACGAGGGAUGAAGCUGAGAUGGAGUAUUUAAAAAUAGCUCAGGACCUGGACAUGUAUGGCGUCAAUUACUUUUUAAUCAGGAAUAAAAAGGGAACAGAUCUUCUUUUGGGAGUGGACGCACUGGGCCUGCACAUCUACGAGCCGGACAACAGGCUGACACCUAAGUGCUCCUUCCCUUGGAAUGAGAUCCGCAAUAUCUCCUACAGCGACAAAGAGUUUACCAUCAAACCUCUGGACAAGAAAACCAACGUUUUCAAGUUCAACUCUUCACGGCUGAGAGUCAACAAGUUGAUCCUCCAGCUGUGCAUAGGGAACCAUGACUUGUUUAUGCGACGGCGGCGGGUGGACUCCCUUGAAGUGCAGCAGAUGAAAGCCCAGGCCAGGGAGGAGAGGGCCAGGAAACAGGUGGAGAGGCAGCGCCUGCAGCAGGAGAAGCAGCUCAGGGAGGAGGCAGAAAGGGCCAGAGACGAGCUGGAGAGGAGGCUGAUGCAGCUGCAGGAUGAAGCUCACAUGGCCAAUGAGGCCUUGCUGCGCUCGGAGCAGACGGCGGACCUGCUGGCUGAAAAGGCCCAGAUCGCAGAGGAGGAGGCCAAGCUGCUGGCCCAGAAAGCUGCCGAGGCUGAGACCGAGAUGCAGCGCAUUAAAGUGACUGCCAUCCGUGGCCAGGAGGAGCGGCGGCUCAUGGAGCAGAAGAUGCUUGAGGCAGAGAUGCUGGCCCUCAAGAUGGCUGAGGAGUCAGAGAGGAGGGCCAAAGAAGCUGAGCAGCUGAAACAGGACCUGCAGGAAGCCAGAGAGUCAGAGCGCAGGGCAAAGCACAAGCUGCUAGAGAUUACCAGCAGGGCUGUUUAUACGGCCCCAGGACUGCCAGCUGACAGCAUGCCUCCUGACUUGAGCUUCAGCAGGGAGAACCUCAGCUUUGACUUUAAAGAUACUGACAUGAAACGCCUCUCCAUGGAGAUUGAAAAGGAGAAGGUCGAGUACAUGGAAAAAAGCAAGCACCUGCAGGAGCAGCUGAAUGAGCUGAAGACGGAAAUCGAAAGUCUGAAGCUGAAAGAGAGGGAGACUCCUCUGGACGUCAUUCACAACCAGAACACCGAGCAGGGGACCAGCAAGCACAGCAACUUUAAAAAGCUAACACUACAAAGCACCAAAUCCAGAGUGGCCUUCUUUGAAGAACUCUAAACUACAUACCUGCAUAGGUCGGGAUGCACAACUGCCAAGAACCUGUCAUUUCUACAUUCCUGGUCAGUAAAUAUAAUUGACCACACUACAAGACCUUAUGCUCUACUUCCUGGGAACCACUGUUAACACUACAGACCAAAAAAAAAAGACUGCUGUCUCGCUCUGCACUAACACCAAGGGGCCUCAUGUGUACACACAAAAGAGGAUGCAUGCAUAAUGUUCCUGCACUAAAUCUGGGAGUGUGUGUGUUUACAGGGGGAGUGUGUGAAAUACAGCACAUUCUCCAUGAAUAUUUUGAAGUGAACUCGGGUGUGGGCUUUCUUAAUGGCAAAAAUAAAGAAAAAGAACAAAUAGAAAACAUGGGUAUAUAAUGUGGUCUAUGACUGCUGCUGUUCUACUGCGACUCUAAUGAGACAGUAUUUGUGGAGUUUGAAUGGUUAUUAUAUUAUGUCCAAAUGAGGUGACCUACAUAGUUUGAUUGCCUAACUGUUUUGAAAUUCAAAUAGAAAGAAACCACUAAGGGAUAAAGUUGAAUGAAUUGAUUAUAUGAUAUGUCAUCCGGUGCAGUCCACACAUCCUGCCCCAGAUAUUGGAUACUUAGUAUUUAUAUGCAGCAAAUCAUUGUAAUGUCUCAGACUUUUUUUUUUUUUUUUUUACUUAAAAACUAACUAUUUGAUAUAUUCCAUUAUAUUCACAAUGCCAACCAAUUCCUCCAAAUAUUACCUUCUUUAUUUACAUAAUCACUUCAUGCUGCAUUACUUUUCUUGUUUUGUGGAACAGUUAACUGAAAAAUUCAGUUCAAGCAGCGAAUACAGGGCAUUUUUUUGCCAUCAUGAAUUUAAACCAUCACUAAUAGUGGGAGUUUGAUGUGCUGUGGUAGAUAUUGAGCUUGUUCUCAAACACCAAAAUUUGUAUUGGCUGUGUUUUGCGGCGAGCAGUGUUCUCUAAAUCUCAGAAUGUGUGUCCAUGUUUGUGACUAUAAAUCUUUGAGUGGUGAAUGUAGGUAAGGUGUCAUACACACGAGGCCUUAGGACCAACGUUUACAUCUUGUAUACACCGAGAGGACGUGUUACAUAUCUCUGGCUGCCUCCAGCAAUUUAACACUUGAUUAAGGUGUCCUCUAUGUUCUUCUCUCGAAAGUGAAGAGGCGAACAUUUGUACUGGGUGGUUCUUAGAAUUUGAACUGGAUGAAGGAACUGUGAUUCUUAGAUGUGAGCUUGUGUCACAUCUAUCUUUCUUUCUUUUUUGUGUGAGGACAACCACUUCUUAGAAACAUGAAUUUGCAUAUAUUUUGAAUUAAUGUGUCUUUUUGAAUUAAUGUGCUCUUUCCAUCUGAAAACUAUUUUUUAUCUUUGGGAAUUAUAAUGUGAAGAAAAUGUGUGUUUUUUUUCCUUCCUGUCUGCAUUUAACAAGGACAGUAAGCAGUAUUUAAAAUAAAACUUUGGGUGAAGUUACAGUACCGAUAUUUCUAGAAAGAUAUGUAUGUUUUGCAUGUAAAAUAAAUGAAUAUCAGGUUUGAA